AUGGGUUGUUGUGCCAGCAGUUUGAAAUUGAAGGAGCUGUCCCUGGGCAGCAGCAUCUAUGUGGCAGCCACUGGCAGUCGCUCCCUAAAGCGGCUCUACAGCAGCCGGAAUAGCAGUGGCCUGGGCAGCACCUCGGGCUCGGGCUCUGGCUCUGGCUCCGGCUCUGGUUCGAGUAGCCGCAGCAUCUGGAGCCGCAGCAAGACCAGCCAGCCCAUUUGUGAUGACUUUGCCGAGCAGCCGGAACAGUUGGAGCGCUCCUGCGGCUAUUACACCUGCAGCAGUGCCGACUCCUCGCCCAGGAAGAAUCCCAUGCGGACACAGGAUAUGGGCAGAAGCGCCAGCUCUUGCUCCAACAACAGCUCAUCCUCCUGCAGCGACAGCUCACCCUCCUUGGUGGGCAACCUGGAGUGGGAGAUGUACAUGAUGCAGCGGGCACAGCGCAUAAUGCCCAAAACUUCAUCACCGAUUAGCCAGAGGAAAGGAGCUGGCCUGUUGCCCAGCUCGUCGUACCACAAGUGGCGAAACUAUCUGCAGUCCACACCCGCUCACAUGCUGCACAAUGUGACCCACAUCCCAGAGGCGAUAGCUGGUCACUUUUGUCCCACUGGCUUUCCCGGCUUCAGUGAUCUCGAGGAGAUGGAAAGCGCGGCCAAGCGUUUCAAGGUGGACAUUCAGUCGCAAAUGGCAAUGGAAAUGCAACAGGAGGAAGAGGAGGAGCCGAUGUACACCACCUCGCAGCUGCUGGCGGGGCAUACGCACACCAUUACCACAGACCUGUAG